AUGAACGCAACGAGUAGCGAGUAUGUGGAAGAAAUAAAAGAAAAUGGGAAUAAUUCGGAUUGCUUUUAUGAUCCGCCAUUUGUCACCGAGAGAUUUUGGUUGGUGGGUGUUGCGGGCACAACAGUGGCAAUCAUUAGCUUCAUCGAGAACGCUUUUCUUUUCUAUGUGUUGAUGAAGAGGCGUUCCCAUCGCGCCUCUCAAAAUCUGUACCUCGGUUUGCUCGCCUUUUUCGAUAUGUUUAUGGCUGGUGCAUACAUUCCGUUGAUGAGUUUGAAUCUUUUCGCUGACUAUUUCCGAUCGUUACCUUUGUUGACAGCUUGGUAUUACUACAUGAUCCCAUUGAUCACCGUCUCACACAUGGCCAUGACAUCAUCAUCAUUUUUGAUUGUCGCCGCCACUUUCGAGCGUUUCGCCAUCACCGUUACCCCGCAGUACACGAAAUUCGUGAGUAGGCAUCGAGUGGCAAUAGCGGUGAUUGCGAUUCUACUCGGUUUCCUUACAAAGCUCACGAUGGCGCUCGAAAUCGAGUGGACAUUUGAUAAGCAAUGCGAAGGUUUCAUGACGCAAUGGGUGAUCGAUGUCUCAGAAUUCGCAAGGAAUCAAACAUACGCCACUUAUUGGAAAGUUCUUUUUCGCAACAUUGUCACAAUUUUGUUGCCAUUUUUUCUCCUUCUCGUCCUCAACAUCGGAAUUAUUUUUGCCUAUCGUCGAACCGAUUUUCAUUACCUCAACGUGCAGAAAUUGAGCGAAGCAAAACGGAAACAACGAGUCCGUGCCGCAACGCGUACCCUUUUGCUCGUCGUCUUCACUUAUCUUUUAUCAAAUUUUCUGAAUGUGAUUGUAACAAUAUGGGAAUAUUUUGAUAUUCAACAACUUCAAGAGGAAUUUCCCGUUUUCUAUUUGUUCGCUGUAGAUGUGGUUUCUUUAUUGACAAUUAUUGCCGGUGCUCUCCGUCUUCCCAUUUAUGUUUCAUGUCAAAAACAGUUACGGUGCGAGUUCGCUCUCCAGCUCAAGAAAUGUCUCUUCUUUGCCAAUUACUGGGUUCGU